CCUUUUGAAUCUCUUCAAAUAUUCCAUGUUUCAAUGUCAAGUUUUUAUCUGUUUGGCUGUUUUAUUUUGGAAUUCGGGUUCUAAUAAAAGCCCAGAAGCUAAAAUUGGGAAAAGGGCUGAUUUUUUUUAAAAAAAAUUGGAUUAUAUAGUUUUGUGUAUUUUCUUAAUUAUUUUGUGGGUUGAUUGAUCUAUUUUUGGAUUAUUAUUUAUAUUUUCAAUUUAUAUCCGAUUUUAAUGGAAAUUUUGUUUAGUGUUUUGUGUUUAAUUUGCCAAGCUAGAUUAGCUGUUGUUGAGAGAUGUUAGUUUAUGUGUAGUCCUGAUUCAAUGUAUUUGACAGUGUUUUCUUAAGUUGUUGGGGUCAUUAAAAUGGGGUGACUCAAGAGAGAAAAGAAUGGGAUAAGCAAUUCAAACUUUUUCAAAAAAAAAUUGUUUCCUUUUAAUUGCUUCUUCUUUCAUCAUAACCUAAACUCAGGCGUUUUCUUGAUGUUUGUUUAGGAAGAAAGAAGUAUUUGCAAUGGCUGUGGCAUUUACAAAUCUGUCUUGGUGGCUAUGGAGUGGAAAACAUAAGGAGCCUAAAAUCUCUAAUUCAUCUAAUUUAAAUUCUAGACCUGAUUCAGACUUGUGGGAAUCGGAUAAUUUGAAAUUUCCUUUAGUUCGUGGGACUAACGUAUCUUCUUCGUCUAGAAGGGUUAAACGAAAAUGGCACAGUCGAGAAGAAAGGAAAAUUGAUAGGGAAUAUGAUGUUGUUAUUGUGCCUUCUGAUGGUGGCUGUGUUUCAGGGUCUGAGUCUGAUGAUUCGGAUUAUUCCAUUGGAUGGUUAGAGCCUCAUGGAGCUGGAUUUCAGUCUGAUGAAGACAUUGAUAAUAGUUUUGCUGUAUUGGUCCCAUGUUAUGGACAUGCUCAAGACAAAGUGUUCGAGGAUUCAAAGGACAAUAUGUUUGGUGCUAUUAUCAACAUUCAAAAUGGUUUCUCUAACCAGAGCAAAAAGUCUAUGGAAGAGUGGCUGUCAUCGCUCCAGAACUGCUGAAAUUUGGUUCAUGCCGUUGAUCUAACAUGAAAAGAUUUUGUAUAUAGAUCGCCGAAAAGAGUAAAAAGACAAAAAAAAUGAAAAAAUACAAAAAUGAUGGCAUAUAAUUCAUUAAUUCCUGCUGAAGAGGAUGGGAUAGGGGCUCCUGCUUGCAUUGUUAAGGUGCGGAUCAAGCAGAGAUCAAUGAGGAUGAAAGAAUGAUGAGGGUCAAGCUCUAAAAAUAGUCUUGAUUUCAUAUAUCAUUGCUCGACUUGGAAGGCAUUUUCUCCUCCUCUCUACAGCUAUCUACGCUUAAUGCGACUGUUCUGCCAUGUAAAGUAUUAAGAAAAAAAUGACAUGGUGUAUGUCUGUGUGUUUCCAAUUCUUUGAUGUAAAUAGCACUCACUGUAAUGUACUUAUCAUAGAAGCAGGUUGGUGCUUCAUUUUCUUGGUGUAAUUGAAAUAAAUAUGUACAUAAAUUAAAGGACCAUUGUAUAAAUUCAUGUAAAUUAUUUAGUAUGUAAUCUGCUUGCUUCUCUGCCAA